GUGAGUGAGCCAGCAAGUGCGAGGUGAAGGUGAAGCUGAAGGAGAAGCGCGAACAAUUUGUUGAAUACGUCGUCUCGGGGACCGCCACAAAAGCGUACAAAAAAAUAAAGCGAAAGUGAAACCAAAAGAAAUGCCCACAACUUUUCUAUGCUAAAUAAUCUCUUAAUACACGUACAGCACUCUUAGCCAUUAAAAAAUAAUACAACAACAGCGACAAAAAUAAAUCAAAAAGAAAGUUGAUAAUCAAAAAAAAGAAAAAGUGCCAACGAAAACUAAACCCAGUAGCCCGAUAGAGAGGAAAAUUCCCAGGAAGCCCUAAACGGACCAAAGACAAGAAAAGAAAAAAAAAAAAGGGGAGAAAAUUGGCGGCGCAAAAGUUAAAAGGGACAAAGGCGAUUAAGCAGUUUGCCAAGGACGAGGGCCCAGCACCAAAGAUACUUCCGGACACAGCAGCAGCAGCAUCGGCAGCAGCAAGUCGACGGCGACGGGAGUGGCAGAAGUUGGCGACUGAAAUUGCAUUUCUAAUAGAGGAGCAAAGGCCAACACGUUCAGUGUAUAAUAUUUGAAAUCAAAGCAUUAGGGUCUAACCAUGUCAGCGGUGUACGUGAAUCACAAGCUCAACAUGCGCACAACUGCUGUCAAAAUGAAGCGAACGCAGCCAUGGAUGUCCUGGAUGUCCCACAAGCGGCUGCUUGCCACCAGCUACAGUCUCAGUCCCAGUCUCAGUCCCGGUCCCGGUCCCCCAACAGGAAGCGGGCAUGGCCAAUUGAUUUUGAUGGCAACGAGAAGGAAUACGACAAGGACGAGACGACGACUAGAAGGACUAGGACUAGCAGCAAACUAAGACAAACUAAGAUAAUUCAAUCGCGUUUUCUACAUAUUUAUGGUUACUUUUUCUUCGGUUCCUUGAUGAGUUACAUUAAAACUAUUUGCGCAUCAAUGGUGCAGCAAAUGGCAGCGGAAGCGGAUAAAGAAACGGAAGUGGCAGUGGCAGUGGAAGUGGCAGUGGCAGUGGCAGUGGCAUUGCCAGCAGCCAAAGCAAAAAGUAAAGCAGUAACGGAAACGGAAACAGCAACGAGAAUGGAAAUGGGAAUGGGAACGGGAAUUGGAACGGGAACGGAUGCCCGUAUCGUGGCAAUGGGAAUUUGCAUUAUAAGACUGAUAACAUUAAAAAGAUUUCUAGAGAUUUCCACAACCGACGACGAACACAAUCAAAAGCAUCAGCAUCAGCAGCAGCACCAGCACCAGCACCAGCCAUGGCAAUCAGCAACGUCAGCAAUGUCAGCAACGUCAGGAGGAGCAUCAGCUGUAGCAGCAGCGGCUUCACCCCAAUAUAAAAGACACUCUCAUACACAUUCACAUCCAAAUCCACAUCCACAUACCCAUUCGCAUUCGCAUCCGCAUAAACGACAUCCACAGGCGUCGUGUUGGCGUCACCAGCUGACACCAGGCAUACUGCUGAUGCUCCUUUUGCUCGGCAGCCUCUGGCCGGACUGCUGCGAAUGCCUGCAUGGCGGCAGCAAUACGGUGAAGACCAAAUAUGGCCUACUGCGAGGGAUUGUGGUGCGCUCCACGCCGCUGGUGGAGGCAUUCCUCGGCAUACCCUAUGCCUCGGCGCCGGUGGGCAGUCUCAGAUUUAUGCCUCCCAUAACGCCAUCGACAUGGAAAACGGUUCGCAAUGCGGAUCGAUUCUCGCCCGUUUGUCCACAGAACGUGCCCAUACCACCCAACGGGCCGGAGGCGCUGCUGGAGGUGCCGCGCGCCCGUCUGGCCCAGUUGCGGCGUCUGUUGCCGCUGCUCAAGAACCAAUCGGAAGACUGCUUAUACCUUAAUAUCUAUGUGCCCUAUGAGACGCGCCGCUUGGAACGCAAUGUGGAUGCCGAUAAUGUUGAUAAUGCGGAACAAGCAACGGCAAAACUUAGCACUGUGGUGUUCAUACAUGGCGAAUCGUUCGACUGGAACUCUGGCAAUCCCUACGAUGGCUCCGAGCUGGCGGCCCACGGCAAUGUCAUCGUUGUGACAAUCAAUUUCCGUCUGGGGAUCUUUGGAUUUCUGAAGACCGGCGGCAAGGAGAGCGCCCAAGGUAACUUUGGUCUGAUGGAUCUUGUGGCCGGCCUGCACUGGCUCAAGGAGAAUCUGCCGGCGUUCGGGGGUGAUCCGCAGAGCAUUACGCUGCUGGGCUAUGGCACGGGCGCCGUGUUGGCCAACAUAUUGGUCGUCUCUCCAGUGUCGAGUGAUCUAAUACAGCGCACCGUUCUGGUCAGUGGUUCGGCAUUGUCGCCCUGGGCCAUACAAAAGAAUCCGCUGUUUGUCAAGCGCCGUGUGGCAGAGCAGACGGGCUGCCAUGGCGAUAUGCUGUACGAUGAUCUGGCGCCCUGUUUGCGCACCAAAAGCGUGGCCGAGCUGCUGGCCGUCAAGGUCGAUCAUCCACGAUUCCUGGUUGGCUUUGCUCCAUUCGUGGAUGGCACUGUUAUAUCGCCCGUUGCCAAUCCACUGGGCAGCACCACCUUGCCCCUGGGCUCCGCUAUUGUUAGUACUUCAGGAAUUGAAUAUGCAAACUUUCCGAAACGAGACCUCAUAUUCUGUCUUAGUUCUGUGGAAUCCUACCUGGAUUUGAGUGCCCAAGAUCUGGAGUUUGGCUUUAAUGAGACGCGUCGUGAUCGCAUUCUACGCACUUUUGUGCGCAACAAUUUUCAUUAUCAUUUGAAUGAAAUAUUUGCCGUCUUGAAGAAUGAGUACACCGACUGGGAGAAGGCCAUACGAAAUCCUCUGAGCUCACGCGAUGCCACCCUGCAGUUCCUCAGCGAUGGCCAUACGGCGUCGCCGCUGAUUAAGCUCGGCUACAUGCACAGCCUACGCGGGGGUCGCACCUAUUUCCUGCACUUUAAGCACAAAACUGUCGAAGAGGAAUACCCACAGAGAACCGGCUCUGUUCGCGGCGAAGAUGUGCCUUUUUGGCUAGGCCUGCCCAUAUCACCGCUCUUUCCACACAACUACACAACGCAGGAGCGUCAAAUUGGUCGCCUAAUGCUGCGAUAUCUGUCCAAUUUUGCCAAGACAGGCAAUCCGAACCAAUCCGCUGCGAAAACAGCCUUGGGUAAUCCAGACGAUGCUGCCUUGCAUGAGUUGAAGAAACGCUCGGCCGCUCUGGCCCCUAAUCCGCAUCUCAGCGAGGCCAUGACUCUGGCGGUGCUCUACAAUCAGCGACGCAGCAAUGCCAUGCACGAGAAGCGCUCCUAUAUACGGCGCCGUUUGCGCAGUAAUAAUGAUGGAGCCUUCACGCAGCUGGGGCUGGCCAGCGAGCGGGAUGUGGGCAGCUACGAGGGUGAUGAUCUGCCCUUUUGGGAUGCCUACGAUGUGGUCAAUCAGCUGUAUGUGGAGUUGGGCAACAAAGCAAACAUUCAGAGUCAUUAUCGCGGCCAUAAGCUGUCCAUGUGGUUGAACCUCAUCCCUCAACUGCAUCGCCAUUUCAACAUCAAUGACCAGUCCAUGAGGCAUCAUCAAUUCCAGGAUGAUAUGAACAAUAGGGAUCUGUAUGAAGGCGUGGUGCGUCCACAGCUGCAGACGAAACCAGCAGAAGAUGACAACAUCAUCAUGAUACAGAAAAGCAGAACGACCACAACGACGACGCCGCCACCGCCAAAGAAUCCCAGUGCAAACGUAACGCAAGCAUUGAAUCCCAUGAUCAGUGGUACAGCCACAACCACAGAAUGCGGCAUCGAUGGGGCCAUGUCCGUCUCCGAAUUGACCACAACGCAAGCGCCGAAAGACAAUCGAACUGGAGUACACACGCGCGUGGAGACCCAAAAGGACCUGGCCACCGCUUCGACGGGCAUCAUUGGCAAUCUGGAGCUGCUGCGCCGGCUGAGCGGCAAACAGUUUCAGAGCUACACCACAGCAUUGAUUGCCACAGUGGCUGUGGGCUGUUUCCUGCUCAUCCUCAAUGUUCUCAUCUUUGCGGGGAUCUAUCAUCAGCGCGAGAAGCGUGCGCGCGAUGCCAAAACCAAGGAGGAGCUGCAGGAGAGCGACACCAGCAAAAGUUCCAGCAUGCUCAAGCUGAACGCUUUGAUUGGUGGCGGAGGAGGAGGAGGAGGAGGGCCUGGCGGUGGCGGUUCUCUAGAUCCCGCGGAUGCGUAUUCCCUCAGCGGCACUGUGGUGGACAGCAAGGGCGGUGUGGGCGUUGUCUUUGGGGAAUACAGCUGCUACGAUGAGAAGACCAAGCAGCUGAAGGAGGAGAAGCUCAUUGUGGAGCUGCCACCAUCGUCGUCGGUGUCGGUGUCGGUGUCGGUGCCCGGACAAACAUCCCUCAUGAUGGACAGCUGGGGCGCCUGCUCCACCAGCACACUCGAUCUGCUGAAGACCAAGCCAGGCAUGUCGGAUGGUCACCUGGAGAUGGUCUCCUACAAUGCCCUGCCCACGCUGAUGGAGACAACAUCGGCGCUGAGCAGCAAGCGCGGCUCCUUUGUGGACACCAGCCUGCAGUUUAACAGCCCGCAGCAGUUUGACUAUGCAGUGCAGUCAUCGGACCAGAUGUCCUUCAAGGCCAUCGAAGAGGCCGUCAAGGCGGCGGCCAUUCAAGACUCUGAGAUCAUGCGAGACGAUGAUAUACCAGAACCGCCGCCACCGCCGCGAUCUUUUCUGGCUGCCCAACAGCAGCAGCAGCAACAACAGGGUAUACUGCGGCAGACGGGGACUGCGGGCAGUGCGGCGACUGGGUCGGGCAGCAGCGGGAGCAAGAAACGUGUACAUAUUCAGGAAAUCUCUGUCUAGCAUGCAUUACAUCCCCACACCUCCUACUACUACAACUACUAAACAUCACAUUUUAUCUCUCGUUUUCUUCUAAUCAUUUUCGUGGAUCAGUUGUUGAUUUAGUCGCUCGCUAAUUUCCCCACA